UAAGUUUAUAAACAUUAACACAAAACCAUCCUAAUUAAUUUGAAAGAGUUUUUAAUUGGAACUAAGUGAUUAUUAACGGGUUAUAACAAUGCGACUGAAAUUUUCUAAAACGCUUUUGGAUGCUCAGGAAUCGGAUAUCCCAGUAGCCGACAUAUGUUGGUCACCAAAUAAUGUAAAAUUAGCUGUUGGCACUUCUGAACGGGUGGUACUUUUAUUUGACCGCGAUGGGAUGCGUCGGGAUAAGUUUAGCACCAAGCCAGCUGAUGCAGCAGCAGGAAAGAAAUCAUAUGUUAUCACCGGUUUAGCAUUCAGCGACAAUUCGGAAUUGCUAGGGGUAGCUCAAAGCGAUAACAUGGUUUUUGUAUACCGAAUCGGUGCUGACUGGAGCGGCAAAAAAGUAAUCUGUAAUAAAUUUCCUCUCACCGGGUCGCCUUUACGUUUACUUCCAGCUGAAACUGGAUUCUUUACAGGAACUAGUGAUGGAAAGAUAAGAUCUUUGGAUUGUAAAACAAAUAAAAGCUCCAGUUUGUGGUCCGCGGGAUCAUGUUGCGUGUCUCUGGCACGUGGAUCUGAGGCGAUGUUGGCAUCUGGACACAUUGAUGGAACUAUUUAUUUAAAUGGCAGAUUAAUAUUACGCUACACUCUACCGCCGACAGCCAUGGUCUUGGUAUCUUCCUACCUGAUAGUCGGAGCUUGUGAUGGUAGAAUAACAAUGUAUGAGGCUCAGAGAGGAGCGCUAGUAAGAAGUUUAGAACCAACAUUACUUCCUGAUAGAAGAGAUAUCAUAUCAGCUUCUCUUAGUCCUUCUGGUCAGACGAUAGCAUUCGGUGUAUUUGAUGGUUGCCUAAUCGGUGAAAUAAAGGAAUCUGGAAGUAUGGAAUUAUCCACGUUAAAUAUAUCGAAUUUGUAUGCUGCGCGAUCUUUAGCAUGGAGUGGAGAUGGAACCAAGUUGGCAGUAGCAUCGCAAACUGGUGCCGUUUUGGUCUUUGAAGCCGUCCUUAGACGUUGGGUGUGGCGGGACCUUAUAGAGGUGCAGCACGUCAGCACACGUCAGCUGCUGCUUCGACGUCGUGGUGCUGAUACUGCUGCGCUCACUGUUACCGCUAAACUAGCUCCCGAUAUAUUUAAUGUUAGAUUUAUAGGUAACGAUUGGUACGCUGUCUGUCGUACAAGUAAUAGUCUGAUCCUGUGCGACAUAGCUCGUGGUCUGACUAGCGAAAUUCCAUGGUCCGGUGGAGGGGAGCGUAUAUAUGCAGCUGUGGGUGGAGCCUGUCUGUUGCAGCGUGCCGGCGAACUUAGUGUCGUGGAGUACGGCCUUGAUAGGGUACUACAAACUGUGCGUACUGAGCGUGUGAAUCCUCACGUGCUUAGUGUCCGUAUCAAUGAGGGCCGGAAGACGGAGGAAGAACGCAAACACUUCGCCUAUUUGCUGGAUAGACAGACGAUUGCUGUCAUUGAUCUCGUUACUGGAGUUCAGUUAGGGCAAUGGUGGCACGAAGCUCGGGUGGAUUGGUUGGAGCUGAAUGAGAGCGGACAUCUGCUUCUGUUCCGCGAUACUAGGCGACGUCUAGCACUCCUCCGUAUUGAUACCGGUGAUAAGGAAAUUAUCGCGAGCGGAGUUAGUUUCGUGCAAUGGAUAGAAAACAGUGACGCUGUUGUAGCCCAAACCCCAACUCAUUUGCUCAUUUGGUACAGUGUAUGGGAGCCUCAAUGUGUUGAAAUGUCUGAGUGUGGAGGCGGCUCGGCCGUAUCGGUGUCAGAGCGACGAGUAGUACUCGAAGGUGGUCAGAUUCAGGCAAUCGUCUUGGAUGAACAUCGACUAGCUUUCAAUUCGGCGUUACGUAGCGGGGACUUACAAGAUUGUGCUCAGUACUUGGAUGCUGUGUCACGGUCUGCGGACGUCGGGACGCUGUGGUGCCAACUGGCUGAGCAAGCUUUGACUGCUUACGAUGUUGAGUUGGCGACGAAGUGCUAUAGAGCUGUGGGUGAUGAGGCUAGAACUUUUUAUCUAGAGAAAACUGUCGAGUUAGCUUCAGCCAAAGGGAACGGGAAUAUCGAUGAAGGUUUAAGGAGUCCCGAGGUUCGUGCACGUCUAGCAAUCUUUGUGGGAGAUUUAGCCACCGCAGAAGAAUAUUAUGUACGCGGAGCCGCUCAGUCAGAACUGGCCAUUAAUAUGUAUAAGCAGUUCAAUAGAUGGCCGGACGCUAUCGCCCUCGCUGAAAAGGUCGAUAGACAGGCGGUGACGGCGCUCAGGCAGCAAUACAUGGACUAUCUCACGUCGACAGGUCGGCUCGGCGAGGCGGGGGCGGUUUUAGCGUCGAGCGGUGACGUGCGCGGCGCGGUUCGUGUAUGGGUGAAGGGGGGACGUGCGAGGCGAGCUGCCAGCGCUCUUCUACAUCACCCCACACUCAUGAAAGACGACGAGCUUCUGCAGGCUGUGCACGAUCAGCUAGUACAGGAGGAAUGGUGGGAAAUGGCUGGUGAAAUAUCCGAGCGUAAAGGUGAUAUAAGAACUGCGGUGGAUUACUAUUCUAGAGGCAACAACUACGCAAGAGCGGUCCAACUAGCAAGAGAUGCCUGUCCCGGUGAAGUGACCAGGUUAGAAGGAGAAUGGGGGGCGUGGCUUGUAUCUUCGCGACAGGCGGGCGCCGCUGUGCCUCAUCUCAUAGAGGCUGGUCGCACGGUCGAUGCGCUCACCGCAGCUCUGAAAGCACAUCAUUACAAAAAAGCUCUUCAAAUUGUACAGGUUAUAGAAGAUAAAGAAUCUAUUCGAGAGCAAUGUGAACAAUUGGGGGAUCAUUUUAUAUCUUCUCAAGAAUGGGAUACAGCGGAACGUGUCCUCACUUCCUGCGGCAUGGCGGAAAAAUGUGUACGUGCGUACAACGCCGCGGGCAAAGUGUCGGAAGGUCUACGUCUCGCCGCUACACAUCUGCCCGAAGAAGAUACAAGGGACAUUUACUUACCGCUCGCUCAACAAUUAAGACAGGAAGGGCACUUUAGAAAGGCUGAACAAAUUUAUAUAGGACUGGGAGAUACCGAUGAAGCUAUAUCCAUGUACAAGGAAGCAUCUCAGUAUGAGUCAAUGCUGCGGUUGGUGGCGGCUCAUAGACCAGCGCUGCUGCAGGCCACGAGGAAGAAGGCGGCCAGUGACCUCCGCGCCGCGGGGGACCUUCGGGCCGCUGAGACCUACUACAUACAAGCUGGUGACUGGAAAAGUGCCAUCCAGAUGUAUCACACGAGUGGUCAGUGGGAGAACGCUGAGCGCGUGGCUCGGGCUCACGCUCCGGUUGGAGUACAGCAGCAGGUGGCUCUUCAGUGGGCCGGGUCGUUGUCCGCGGCAGCCGCGGCCCGCCUGCUGGUUGCCCGGGGACUGGCAGCACUUGGGGCGCGGUGGGCCCUACAGGCGCACAGAUGGGAUAUUGCUAUUGAGUUGAGUGAGAUGGGUGGUGGGAUCACAAAGCGAGAAGUAGCAAGGCAUGAAGCGGCAGUUCUGGCUGAAGAGAACCCGGAGGAAGCUGAGGCGGCUUUCCUUAGGGCUUCUGCGGCUGAGGACGCGAUCCGGAUGUGGCUGUCUAAAGGGAAUCACCAUAGAGCUUUGGCCUUGGCCGAACAGCAUGCCACUCAUAUGACGGAGGAGGUGUUGGUGGAGGGAGCUCGCGCUGCGGCCGAGCGCGGCGACCUGUCGCAGUUCGAAGCCCUCAUGAUAAGAGCCAACCGGCCGAGAGACGUGGUGCAACAUUACAAAGACUUGGAGCUGUACGAGGAGGCGUCUCGAGUGUCCCGCGAGUAUCUUCCGGAGAGCUCCGAGACUGUCCCGCCUCACGUACCGCCGCUGUUACAGCGUGCCGCCUCACACGCGGACCGGGGCGAGUGGUGGGAGGCAGUGCAAGUGCUGCUACAGGCGAGUGCAGCGGGCGCGGCGGGUGGGGCCGCGGGAUUGGCAGAGCGAGCGGCCCUCAGGGCUGCACGACUGGCCAGGGAUCAGCUCUCGGGCGUUAAGAGAAGGAGGGCCGCCGACCUACUAGCAGACACGUUUGCUUCCAUCGGUCAGAGCGAUGUGGGCGAACAGCUUCGGGCGGCACUUGUAGAUGGAAUUGAUGAAGAUAAUGCUGAAGGACUAUCAGCAGACUAUGAAGAGGAGGGCGAGGAGAUGGACCAAGAAACAAAAGAAUCUGACUCGGAAAGUGAAGCGCUGGAGAAGUUAGUGCGGGCUGGCCAGUGGCAGCGCUGCCUGGGGCGAGCCGGGGACAAGGCGGCACAUUACGCACUCAGAUACGCUGCUCACCUGUUCAAGACGAAUUCACGCAUGGAAGGCGUAGAUAUUGUGAGCGAAGAUAUACCAGAAGUUCUUUCCCAAGUUCUGGAAGUACUUCGACAAUAUCUUACAGAUGACGCUGGUGUAGUGAUAGUCUCUACUAGUGAUAGUGCCUUGGCUAAGGCUGUAUGCAGUGAGAUCCUUGUUAGGAUAUCCGCUGCCCCCAAAGCCCUCAAUGCCAUGAAGGAAGCGGCCGCCAUUAUGGUGAUAGCGGGAGCCGGCGAAAGGAGUAUACAGGCUAUCACACUGCUGAUGGGUCUCCACGUGCCACAGAUAGCGUCCAAAGCAGCUCGAGCCCUGCCUCGAUACGCCGACAUCAUCGUUGCUGAUGUUGCGUACUACUUAUGCGGUGAGGUCAUCCGCGGUGAAGGAGCCCGCGGGGCCCGGGAGUCCUUCGUGUUGCUGAACCACUGCCUGGACCUGGUGGAGGCCGCUGACGACGAUGGAAACCAAAUGUUGGACUACGCCGACUUUGAAUGCACGGACUGGUCUCAGAGUCCGCUGUUGUUGGAGGGGUCGUGUGUUCGAGGGACGACUCUUUCUGAGCUAAGGGACUGGGUGCUGGCGGUGUCCAUGGACCAGCAGGUCGACCAGACUCUGCCAUUGGACACCCGUGGUAAAUACGUCUCGUACGUUGGACCGGACGAGCAGUGCUGCGUCAUCACAGGAUAUCCGUUGUCAUCGCGAUUGGUUACAUUUACAAAUGGUAGAUGCGCGAACAGAGAGUGGUGGUCGCGCGUGUUCCAAGCCGCCCGUAAUUCCUCCCCGGACGUGGCGGCGAGCGUUCUCGUUGAGCACGUGACGCGCUGGUGCGGACCAGCUGACUACUCGCAUAUUUAGUGGCCACACACUGUUAUUAAUUAAGAAGCAUACAACUAAUUGUAAUUUAUCGAAUACAAUGUGUUAGCGCUUCAUUAACGGUCCUUCAAUAUUAUUUAUUUAUUAUCUAUUUUUAUUUGUCAAAUAUAUCACAUAGCCUUGAACUAUCAUUUAUAGGAGGUGAAACAAAGUGUGAUGUUUUAAUUUAUAAAUUAUUGACUAUGGUAAGGUAACUUAAAUAUUAUUUUCAGACUUCAGUAAUUGAUUUUUUUUUUACCUACUAUGUGUUGAUAGGUGAUAUGUGUUUUACUAUAUAAUAAAGAUCCAUAAAGUUAAUGGCUUUCA